CAACGAAUUCCGAUCAAGAGUUAUGAUUACAAAUACCGUCGUAUAACGAAAAUAAUGCUGGUCUGUUUUAGAUUUUGCUUUAAGUGAAAGUGCAAACAAUGGUUAAUCGAACUUUGAAACUCUCAGUUUUGAUGUACAAACUCUGGACUUCCCGGAAAAAACAUCAUGGACGUCGAAAAUAUUUAUCUUUAAUCAACGAUCGAAAAUCGCGUCUUCGAAGAAUGUACGAAAUCAGAAAAUCAUACUCACGCGUAUCGAGUGAGAGAUUCUUCUUAGUAAAAACCCUGACUGAAGCGUAUGCAUUUCAAAUAAACCGAAAUUCACCAAUGUGGUGGGAAAAUGUUAAGAAUAAAUUCUCCGAAAAUCAGUGGUUGAAAUAUUUUAGAAUGGGUAAAGAAACUUUUACUCGCUUAGUCGAUAGACUGGUACCGCAUUUAAAUUCAGGAUGUGUAAAUAACAUGCCAUUAGAAAAACAAGUGGCGAUCACACUAAUUUCAUUUGCAUUUGGAAAGAGCAAUAAAUACAUAGGACACUUAUUUGCUGUUCCGAAGUCAGAUGUUUCUGUAAUUAUCGAAAAAGUGAGUCAAGCUAUCAUGAAGCUAAUGCCACACUAUUUGAAAGUGCCAGAUAGUUCUACUAUUAAAGAAAAUAUAAAGGAAUUUGAACAGAAAUGGGGUUUUCCUCAAUGUGCUGGAGUACUCGGUAGUAUUCAUAUUCCACUUCGAACGUCAAAUUUGCCUGAAAAUGCUUCAGAUUACAUAAAUAGUGAUAGUGGGCAUUCAAUGAUACUGCAAGGGAUAGUCGAUGCAUCUUACAAAUUUUGGGACAUUAAUGCUGGGUGGCCUGGAAGUGUACCAGAAUCUAGAGUUCUCACUAGUUCCACAAUCUGGCUAAAAGGUCAAGACAGAAAUCUUUUCCCAGAUUAUUCUAGACAGAUUGCUAAUGUUGAUAUACCUGUAUUUAUUCUAGCUGGUUCGUCAUAUCCGCUUUCACACUGGGUCAUAAGGCCAUUCUUAAAUGAAUCAGAAUCAGAAAAGGAGAAAAUAUUUAAUGAAAAAUUUACCUUUGCAUAUAAUGCUUCUGAAAUAGCCUUCAAGCGUCUUAAAGCUCGUUGGAACUGUCUAGUUAUCGGUAACAUCUGCAGCAUAGAAGUUUUUCCCAUGGUUAUUACAGCUUGUUGUAUACUUCAUAAUAUGUGUGAAAUAAACAAAGAAAUGAUGUUUGAUGAAUGGAUUGUUAAAGCAGAACAACAUUAUAAACAGCCAAUUCCAUUUCCUUGUAAUACAGUUAUUGGUCCUCAAGCUGAAAAUAUCAGAGAAGCUGUGAAAGAAUAUUUUGUUUCAGCAAAUUCUGAAGUAUAAUAAUUUAAAUUAUCUGUAACUCUUUAAUCAGCAAAUUUCUGAUAUUGAUUGAUUCUGGUACAAAAUUGAUUUUCAAAUACCUGUAAUAGAAGUUAUGAGGACUAGAUUCAGAAAUGUAUGUAUGCAUGUCUAAACGUAUGUGUUCAUGUGUGCAAAUAUAUGUGUACCUAAUUAUGUAUAUGCAGGGCGAUCCUAGCAGGGGGCAAGAUGGUGCACAGCAUGUGGGCAACCAAAUUUAAGAGUGGUGAAAUGAUUAUCAAACACAUUAUAUUUCUGUAAAAAAGGGUGACCAAUUUUAAUUUGCAUAUGGAUAGCCCAUGGUCUAGGAUCAGCACUGCGUAUGUGUCUAUAUAUAUACACACAUGCACUAUAUCUAUGCACAUACAUACAUAGACAAGUACAAACAUACAUACAUUUCUGAAUCUGGUCCUGAUAAUAGAAGAGUAUCAAGUUAUGUUCUGUGAAUCUGCAUUUAAAACUGGCAUAUUAAACUUCGAGGAGGAGAAAGAAUGUUUUUUUGCAGUAUUCAAGAUUGAAACUGAAGAAAAAGCUGUAAGUUUAUGCAAAUUGGGAGUAAUAGGUCUAACCAAGAUAUGCAAAAAAUGAAAUUUUGGUAUUCUUCUGUUAUCGGGACUGGAUUCAGAUAUGCAUGCAUGCAGAUAUGUAUGGAUGUAUGUAUACAUCUAUGCAUGUACAUAUAUACAUACAUACGUAUGUAUGUGUGUAUACACAAACACAUAUACAUACAUACAUACUUUUCUCAGUCCAAUCCCGAUAACAGAAGAGUACAGAAAUUUUUAAUCCCCUAACCUCAAUCAGUGACAUGCGAGAGGAGAUUAAACUGUAUACAAGCAUGAACAAAUAUUUUUACUGCCACACUAGACUUUGGGACUUUUAAUUUGACGGUAAAAAAAAAAUCUUUAGUUUAUGAGUGUGUCAUUUCUCAUCACCUGGUGCAAGUGGAAAGGGACAAAAUCUUUGAACUAGGAGAUGUUGGCUUAUUUCUUUUGCAGAUCAUUAUGAAUUUAAACCAAAAUGUCAGCACUGUUUGAUGUUGUGCGUCGCAAUGAUUGUGAGAAUAUUGCUGAAAUUGAAUAAUAGUAAGCAAUGGCUAGAAACAAAUUUAUGUGUUAAGAAAUUGGAAAAGUGACAUGUGAUCCUUACUCUAAUGCAGUGAAUUUGGACAUCACAUAUUAACCCCAGGAGAUCAGCAGUGUCUGUACAAAGAAUCAAAAGACAGUUGGAUGAUAUUGGAAUAUCACCUAUUAUUUCCAAGUGUCAUGAGUGCAAGAAUCUCUCAUUAGUUGCUUUUUAAGAAUCUCUCAGUGGUCACUAGACAAGUAUUCCAUUCUAUAUAAAACUAAGUGAUACUGGAGGCUAAAAUGAAGGACUGCCUUCUUUAUUAGCAAUGAAUAUUACUUCUAUCAGGACUUUUUAAUUAAAUAUCUUAUACUUAAAGUGGAA